GAUGGGUCAUGGAACCGUUGGACGGUUCAUCCUAGCUUUGGAUGGAGAUGAACUCUCAACGCGAAGCUUCUAAAGUCUAAAGUCUAAACUGGAUUUUAUAGUUUUCCCAUUAGCAUUAGUUCUUUAAUAUUUUCAUCUCAUAUGGUCCUCAUGUGCAGAAUUUUAAUAUACACUUCUUUCUCUAAUGGAAAAUUAACACUUUUUGAUUCUUGUUUCUGCUCUUCUCUGAUCUCCAACCCAUCUGUUGCAGAGAAGAAGCACAUAGAUCUAAUUCUAACGAUCACGAUGUUGCAGCUUGAGUUCCUAGUUUCGCCCCUUCUCUUCAUCAUUCCUUUCGCCUUCUUCUUCUUCUACUUCUUCAUUAGAAAAACCAAAAUUUCAUCUCCUGCAACUACCAAACUUCCAACUGCUUACCCAUUUGUCGGUCACAUCUUUGCUGCUCCCAAGAAUCGAGACCUAUUGAUGCCAUGGAUCGCAGAAAUCCUCCAAAACUCCCCAAAUGCAACUUUCACUGUCAAGCGCUUCAACCGUCAAAACAUCAUUACUGCUAAUCCCGCCAAUGUCCAACACAUCCUUAAGACGCAAUUCUACAAAUACCCCAAAGGCCCUUUCUUCCGCAACAAUCUUCACGACCUACUUGGUUCUGGUAUCUUCAAUGCCGACGGUGAUCAAUGGAAGUUUGAGAGACAGAUCUCCAGCCCCGAAUUCAACACCAAAUCCCUCCGAAAGUUUGUCGGCACCGUCGUUGAGGCAGAGCUCUCCCAAUGCCUCCUCCCUCUACUCUCGACGGCCACCGCUGAGAAUUCUGUUCUCGAUCUCCAAGACAUCCUCCAAAGGUUUGCGUUCGACAAUAUCUGUAAAAUCGCUUUUGGGUUCGAUCCCAAAUCUCUCUCGCCGACUUUCCCACAGCAAGAAGCUGAAUUCGCCGUCGCGUUCGACGAAGCUGUGAAGUUGAUCACUGGGAGGUUUCCUACGAUGAUCCAAGCAGUGUGGAAGGUGAAGCGAGCACUCAAUUUGGGAUCAGAAAAACAACUAGGGUUAGCAGUCUCUCACGUUCGUCAAUUCGCUAGGAGAAUCGUCAGAGAGAAGAGAAGAGAGCUAGAAGAGAAAUCUUCACUAGAAACAAGGGAUCUCUUAUCACGAAUCUUGAAUUCAGGUCACUUGGAUGAAGAUUUAGUCACGGAUAUGGUCAUCAGCUUUAUCUUAGCCGGUCGGGACACCACAUCGGCGGCGUUGACAUGGUUUUUCUGGUUAGUAUCCCGUAAUUAUCAAGUAGAAGAGGAGAUAGUGAAGGAGAUAAGAGAAAUGAAGGAUACGAUGGAUUACGACGAUGUGAAGGAUAUGGUGUACACCCACGCCUCACUCUGCGAGAGCAUGAGACUGUAUCCACCAGUACCAGGCGAUACCAAGGAGGCUGCCGGAGACGAUGUUCUACCAGACGGGACUGUUGUAAAGAAAGGGAUGAGAGUGACUUAUCAUCCUUACACGAUGGGGAGGUUGGAGUCGUUGUGGGGUAAAGAUUGGGCGGAGUUCCGCCCAGAGAGGUGGUUGGAGAGGGAGGAGAGUAGUGGAAAGUGGAGGUUCGUGCCGAGGGAUCCUUACACUUACACGGUGUUCCAAGCGGGGCCGAGAAUAUGUUUAGGGAAGGAGAUGGCGUUCUUGCAGAUGCAGAGGAUAGUCGCCGGAGUAAUGCGACGGUAUCGGGUAGUGCCGGCGGAGAAGGGGUUUGAACCUGUUUUCGUUUCAUACUUGACUUCGAAGAUGAAAGGAGGUUUUCCCGCAAGGAUUGAGGAGAGAGAGAGAGUAAGGUGUGAACCGGUGACCGGUGAGAGCGGGUUUACCAUGUGUCCAAUCCGGUAAUCUUUCGUUAUUAUUGUUAUUCAAAUUUUUAAAAUUUUCUUUUUUACCUCCUUUAUUUGUGGGGAGUUUCAGAUUGUGAAUAUCUUUCACCUCUCUCUCUCUCUUAUUAAGAUUUUCGACUAUCACUUUGUUGAUCAUGUGUGAUUACAUGUAUGGUUGAAAAUCAUUACAAGCAUGGAUAUAGUAAUCGAACUUAUCAAUCCAGAAAUUGAUAGUUAAUUCCCCUAAUAAAUCCCUUUUAAUAUUUUCUUC